AUGUGGAAGUGGUUCGAGCCAACCGGCUGCGCCAGCCCACCUUCCUCAAGAUCAAAAAAAUCAAAAACUACCAAAAGCCCAUGGAGACAGACCUGGUCUACAUUGAGCGAUCUCCAUAACUACUGCGAAGAAGAUAGCGCCACCGGUAGUGUGGGGACUCAAGGGCGGCUGUGUAACCGUACCUCUCCACAUGUGGACGGCUGCGAUCUUAUGUGUUGCGGCAGAGGGUACAAUACCCACCAGUACACCAAAGUUUGGCAGUGCAACUGUAAAUUUCACUGGUGCUGUUUCGUCAAGUGCAACACGUGCAGUGAAAGGACAGAGGUUUUCACCUGCAAGUAA